AUGAUGCUGUCAGAACAACAAGUGUUGGCAAUCUCGGCCACAGAACGUGCUUGUUCGACUAUCUCCCUGGUUGGCACUUUUGUCAUAGUCGCUACUUUUCUUUGGUCCCCUGCCUUCCGUAAGCCCAUCAACCGUCUGGUAUUCUAUGCAUCAUGGGGAAAUAUCAUGGCGAAUAUAGCCACCAUCAUAUCGGCAGACGGAAUCCAUUCCGGGGUUGAUAGUUCCUUGUGCCAAUUCCAGGGGUUUUUGAUUCAAUGGUUCGUACCUCCCAGUACCUGGUUAUUUAACAGACCACCGCUGAUAUGUAAGGAUAGGUUCAUGCCCGCUGAUGCGUUAUGGACAUUUGCAAUGGCCUGCAAUGUAUAUCUAACCUUCUUCCACAAAUACAACUCCGAGCAGCUACGGCAUCUAGAAUGGAAAUAUGUGCUAUGUUGCUACGGCGUUCCCUUCAUCCCGGCUUUCGCAUACUUUUUCAUCCAGACCGAAGCUCGAGGCCGGAUAUAUGGCACCGCUAUCUUAUGGUGUUGGGUCUCUGUAGAAUGGGACUUUCUCCGUAUCGCUGUCUUCUACGGACCAGUCUGGUUUGUCAUCUCAUUGACCUUCGCCAUCUACCUACGAGCAGGGACAGUGAUCUACCAAAAGCGACGCCAGCUUCGAGAACUUGACGGCAUUGACUCGAAUUUUACCCCGGAAUCUCCAUUUGCCAUGUUGACCGGUAUCCAAGUCACUAGAGAGAUUGCUUGUUCUACACCAGAGCGCUCUUCUCUGUCAGAAAAUACUGGGCGCGGGAUCCCGUCCGCUGCUUUAAGAGCAUACUCUGUCACAAUUGAGGGUGGUAGUACAGCUGGCACCCCCCAAGGGUCUAACUCCCGAAUUGGUCCAAGUCCUCUUCGGCAGGAGUAUACUGUCAAAACGGUGCGACCGGAGAUGCCAGACUUGCAGCGGAGAUCGACGUCUACAGAAAACAGUUCGGCUACUUGGGCAUAUACCAAAUAUGCUAUAUUGUUCUUUAUUGCCUUGCUUGUUACAUGGGUCCCCUCAACGAUAAACAGAGUCUAUUCCCUGGCUCGUCCAAAUGACUUUAGCUUUAGUCUCAAUUACGCCUCCAGCUUUGUCCUUCCACUCCAGGGAUUUUGGAACAGCCUUAUAUAUACCUCUAUCUCGUGGCCUGCAUUCAAAUCACUUUGGCUGGACCUACGUAGCCACGUAGGCUUAUGGCGCAUAUCCAGUCCGGUGGAAGAUAUGCAACCAUUACAUGUACGGAAAAACUCUGCAAAUUCUGGCACUGCCCCUUUGUCGAAAGCUGAAAAUGAGGAGAACAGACGUCGGAGUUGGUUGGGCUUAGAUCCAUCUAGUUAG